GCCCCUUUAUUCUGAACUUAUGAGCUAAUUGUAUUGUUCAGGUUUUUCCCACUCUAGUGCAUUCAUAUUGGUGAGCAGGUAACUUGGAACUCUGAUGUGAACUUCUGGUAUAAUGAGUGAAGAUCUGGCCCUAGUUAACUUAAUUGAAGUGUUCUACGAGGAGGCUUUUGCACCUGAACUAGCAGGUACAAGCAGGUGUGAUAACUUCUCAUUAAAAAUGCGCCACGACUCGGGUUUCAGCCCGCUUUCAAUUCUAUCUACUAGCAUAAACGGCAGGCGCGCUUCCGGAGGGCGCCACCAGGGGGUGCAAAUCCAAGCGGCUUCGUCAACAACAGGGGCCCUGGAGCGCUUCCUUCCGUCCUCUCGCUCACCUCAGCUUCCGCCGGAAGCGGUUCCUGUCAGUCGUCCUCCGGCGUUUGAGCUUGUUUGUGUUGGUUCGCGGCGCCUGGCCGAGUGAGGCUCGGACGGAGGAGCUGGAGAGGGAAGCUCGAGCGUAAACCCGGGCAGCGAGAUGGACGUUCUGAAAUCGGAGAUCCUCCGGAAGCGGCAGCUGGUGGAGGACAGGAACCUGCUGGUGGAAAAUAAAAAGUAUUUCAAGCGUAGUGAACUUGCCAAAAAAGAAGAGGAAGCGUAUUUUGAAAGAUGUGGCUACAAGCCUAUAAAUGAGAAGCCAUCGGGAGAGAUACAGCCAAAAGAGGAGAACCAGAAACCAUUAACUUCUUCGAAUCCUGUGUUAGAACUUGAACUUGCAGAGGAAAAGUUACCCAUGACUCUUUCUAGGCAAGAGGUUAUCAGAAGAUUGAGAGAAAGAGGAGAACCAAUCAGACUAUUUGGAGAAACUGAUUAUGAUGCAUUUCAGCGUUUAAGAAAAAUAGAGAUCCUCACACCAGAAGUUAACAAGGGAUUGAGAAACGAUCUGAAAGCAGCUUUGGAUAAGAUCGACCAGCAAUACCUCAAUGAGCUUGUUGGUGGCCAGGAACCUGGAGAGGAAGACACACAGAAUGACUUGAAAGUUCAUGAAGAAAACACCACAAUCGAGGAGUUAGAGGCAUUGGGAGAGUCUUUAGGAAAAGGGGAUGAUCAUAAAGACAUGGACAUCAUUACCAAAUUCCUUAAGUUUCUCCUUGGUGUCUGGGCUAAAGAACUGAAUGCCAGAGAAGAUUACGUGAAGCGCAGUGUGCAGGGUAAACUGAACAGUGCCACUCAAAAACAGACUGAGUCCUAUCUCAGACCCCUUUUCAGAAAGCUUCGGAAAAGGAAUCUUCCUGCUGAUAUUAAAGAAUCCAUAACAGAUAUUAUUAAGUUCAUGUUGCAGAGAGAAUAUGUAAAGGCUAAUGAUGCUUAUCUUCAGAUGGCCAUUGGAAAUGCCCCUUGGCCCAUAGGGGUCACUAUGGUUGGUAUCCAUGCCAGAACUGGUAGAGAAAAGAUCUUUUCUAAGCACGUUGCACAUGUUUUAAACGAUGAAACACAGCGGAAAUAUAUUCAGAGAGAGACCGUGCAAGCGGGGGAAGGGCAGAGACAGGGAAUCCCAAACAGGCUCCGUCCUGCCAGCGCAGGGCCCGACGCUGGGCUCGAUCCUGUCCUACCAACGGGGAGAUCAUGAUCUGAGCUGGAACCAAGCACUGGAUGCCUGACUGACUGAGCCACCCAGGUGUUCCCCGUCGGUGCUGUUUAAGUAACAUGCAUUGUUUUCUGAUUAUCAAAAUGCUUGGAAAACAUAUAGGCAACUAAACUGAAAACAAAACACUUCUUAAAAAGUUGUCAUGUACGUUGAGAAGUAAUUUUUACAUAUAGUUACACAGAUGUACUAAAGCCAAUAAUCAUUUCUGGGAAAAAUAGCCCCUCUCUCAUCCCAAACUGGCUCCUUCGGAGCAAGAUAAAGGUCAAACUUCAUGUCCAUGAACAUGGCCAAGGGGUAGCAUUGCUAGGCAGGUGCCCAGAGGCUGGCUCAGCGACUGGGAACAGCCCUUGCAGCCUGAGAAGGUGAAGGCCUCUACUCAACCCCCACCCACCCGCCCAGUGCUGGCUGGCACAGCUCAACUCUGUACUCUGUUCAGAAAUGACACCAAGCGGCCUGGUGUCGCCUGUGUGCUCUUUCCUUUUUCUUAGCGUAACUCGUAGUACCUUCUGAGAUGUUUGUACGGACUCCUACAGGGAUGGAACUGUGGGCCUUGACCCUCCAGCUGCUGAAGCCACAUUCCUGUGAAUGAUGUUGGUCUGUGAUGCCCGGUUAGUAGCUCUGUGUUUUUACUGCUGGAUUUUCGAGGCUGACACCCCAUCUUGGGGUAGAAAUCUCUCUUUGGAAACACCAUGAGGAUUCUGCAUAUGUGGCGGAAGCUGAUUUCCUCCCCUGCUGCUGCUGCUGCUGCUUUAUGGGUGGGGAUGUGUGAAGAGACCCUAAUCCAACAUGGUACAGGGAACAGUGAGUUUAAAGAGCAGCCCCAUGAGCCAGUUUGUAAGAAUCAACAGUUGAACCCAUUUUUCUGUUCAAUUCGCUGACCUCUCUAGGAACAAAGAGCUGAAGGCAUUGCGCAUUUUGUAAAUGUUUGUCAUCGGGCUUUUGAAACACUGAAAGGGGCACCUGGGUGGCUCAGUGGGUUAAGCAUUCGACACUUGAUUUUGGCUCAGGUCGUGAUCUCAUGGUUUGAGAGAUAGGGUCUUGAGGAGGGCUGUGGGGAGCCUGCUUGGGAUUCUCUCCCUCCCUCUCUCUGCCUCUCCUCUGCUCUCUCUCAAAAGAAACCAACUUAAAAAAAACAAACAUACCAUGAAAGUUGGAAAACUCAAAGCAUCUGUGGCUCACUGUGGCCUUUAAUGGGAGUCCUGGGCCUGGAAAGCCUGAAAUACAGUGGGGUUAAUGCUUUCAGAAGCAAAAGUGCCAUCCAGGCCCAUAAGAUGCUGGCCACGGAGAUCUGUUCCGAUAUUUAAGUGGUAAAGGGCUAACUGGAUCGCAGCCAUCCUGCAAACUCCCUCCCCAAGCUGACAACACUGACUCUUGCCAUGGUGCCUGAGGGACUGAGAAAGUGUUUCCGGGAAAAGGUGGCAUACAGUGGCCCACAGGGGGCAUAUAGUGUUUUUGGGGGGACGGUCCCUCCCUAACACUCGUCCUGGUGGUGCCCUCCACUCUCCCCAGGGUGGGCAAGCGGGCCAAGUCGAAUCUACCCACCAAUGUCAUGGUUCAAAGCAGGGCAGAGGCCCAAGCCAGGCCACGUGGCCCUCACACCCGGAGGAUGGGUUUCCUCCUGAGAAGGCAGUUCUUGGUGGGAGCAGGAAGCAGAAGGGGAGCUAGAGAACCAGAAAGGUCCAGCUCCCUGUUGCCCAGAAGCACGAGACCAGCAUGAGCCUGUAUGUAAAACGCAUCCGUUUCUAAAAGAACAGCUGGAUCCAAGCUGUGUUUCUGGAAGUUGGAAUAAAUUCAGGUUACCUGCUCAGCCAGCCAGAGAGAAGACAUUUGCCUUAAUCCUAAGGAGCCUCCCCCCUAGCUUUUUGCUCCUGGCAAGAAUGACCUCCCUGAAGUUUGCAAGUCAAAGAACUGGGCUUCGGGAUAGUUCCAGGAGGAGACCAGACAGAGCAUUUCCAUCUCAAAGACACAGGGGAAGAAGGCAAGUUUCUCCAAGAAGGAUUUUGUUUCUUAAAUCCUGAUCUUUUGAAGUAUCUGCAAAGCUUUUGGAGAUGAAUAGGGGGGUUUGGGGAUUGGUAAGAAACGAUGGGGUGGGCAGUGAACUGUUUCCAGAGCUGUGUUACUGUUCCUGUAGAGCCUGGGUUUGUAAGACGGGGGACGCUUGUCUUUAGUUCCUCAAGGAGUGUGGUUGCAACUUGACUGAAUAAAGUCAACGAGCUU